UCGGCCCUCUUCAAUGUCCCUGUCUAGAUAUAAACUAUACGGUGGCUCAGAGCAUGGCAGUCGAAAUCGACUCGCGGUAGCGCGUGCUACCUAGUCGAUUAUUUUAUUGUUAUAUAGACAUCUUUUUUUUUAUUUACAUCAUGGGCACUUUGAUGGUGUUCGGUUUGUUGUUGGUAGCCGUGUUGUGUAACGAGCUGAGGCCAGAGCUUCCUUUAGAAGCGGCUGCGGAGGUCGAUAACAAAGUGGACGUAGUAGACAAUGGCUUGGCGAACACUGAUCUGUUGAUGGCUUUUGUGGUUUUUAGACACGGUGACCGAACGCCGGAUCAGGAAGAGCUAGACAAAUUUCCUUCUGAUCAACACUAUGAUAAUAUAUUCUUUCCUUACGGAAAGAAAGCGCUUACAAACAAAGGGAAGCAGCGCGGAUAUCAAGUCGGGGAGUAUUUGAGGAAACGUUACAACAAUCUAAUCUCUAGUCUUUAUUUACCCGAUGAGACACAUAUUCAGACGACAGAUUUCGCGCGCACUAAAAUGACCGUUUUGACUGCAUUGGCUGCUCUGUUUCCACCACCACCGGCGCAAAGGUGGAAUCCUACCCUUAACUGGCAACCAGUUCCAUACGAUACACCUGCAUAUGAAGAUGACGAUUUCAUGUAUUAUUACAAUUGUCCACGAUAUCUGCAAUUACGGGAUAAAGUUUACGCUUCGGCUGAAAUCCAGAACAGGAUGAUACCAUACGAAGGACUCUACAAAUAUUUGAGCAUUAAAACUAAAACCAACAUUACGACACUGGAAGAUGUUUUUUAUUUAGACAAUCUAUUUCAAACUCUGGAAAAUGUCGGAGUACAUCCACCGCAAUGGGCGAUAGACGUUAUGCCGAAGAUAAAAGAGGUAACAAAAAUCGAAUACGCUGCCGAGUUUUAUAACAGCGAAAUGAUACGAUUAGCUGCAGGAGUAUUGCUCGAGAAAAUAGUGAAUGUAACGCGUGCGGCUAUAGCUGGAGAAAAAGAUUUACCUAAACUGUGGUUGUUCUCGGCUCAUGAGAACAACGUAGCAGCUCUGAUGUCCGCUGCCCGAGUGUUCAGACCGCACCAGCCAAAAUAUGGUUCUACUAUAUCACUUGAAUUGAGAAAACGUCGAUUAACCGGCCAAUAUGGAUUUACGGUCGUAUACUCUGCCGACGCUGGAGGUCCUGGAGCAAUAUUACCGAUAUCGGGCUGUGGCGGGCUACCCUUGUGCGACUACGAUACAUUCCUCUCACUCACACGUGAAUUCGUUCUGUCUCAUAGUGAAUACAAGAAACAAUGCUCUACUCCCGUCACUUAAGAGUCAAAAUCGAAGGAAACAAAAUUUCCAAUGAUUUGUGGGUGUAGAUGUAGACUGAAUAAAUAUGAAAUGUAGGUUAAAGUCAGAUUUUCGAUAUUAAAUUGGCUGUGAUAUAAUA